CAUAUACACGCGCACACACACACCGGCACUUUGGAGAGAGGGUCGGGGACAUCAUGGUCGUGUCGGCGCGGAGCUGGCUCGCAAACGAGGGAGGAAAACACUUGGUCCUGAUGCUGUGGUUGGGAACUAAUACCUGGCUCUUUGUCAAAACAUUCCUGAUGUACUCUGGUGGACAGCAGUAUCACUACCUCUACAAGAUGCUUGGGCUCGGACUGUGCAUCAGCAGGGCUUCUGCAUCCGUGCUCAACCUGAACUGCAGCUUGGUGCUGUUGCCCAUGUGUCGCUCUCUGCUUACCUUUGUCCGAGGAACACACGCGGUAUCAACUAGAAAGACCCGCCGACUGCUGGACAAGCGCAAGACCUUCCAUGUGGCUUGUGGGGUCGCCAUCUGCAUCUUCUCAGUUGUUCACGUCUCUGCCCACCUGGUGAACGUUGUCAACUUCAGUAGCAGCUACUCAGAAGACUUUCCUGCUCUUAAUUUAGCUCGCUACAAAGGAGAGGACCCAAAAGUAAUUAUUCUGACCACAGUUCCAGGAAUCACUGGUGUUCUGUUGGUUAUCAUCCUUUUCUUGAUGUUCACAUCCUCUUCCCAUUGCGUACGAAUAUACAACUAUGAGAUCUUCUGGUACACACACAACCUGUUCAUCAUCUUCUACAUCAUCCUUAUGGUGCACAUGGUCGGGUAUAAAACUGGCAAAACUGAUCAUCUCUAUUUUCAUCUUCCAAAAAGAGGCGCACUAAAAUAUCAGACCAACAUUGGGGCCCAUCCCCCUGGGUGCUUACGAGCCAAUCACAGCAGCUCAGAGCAACAACGGGAGGAACUGGAGCAACGCGAUGAUGCGGAGAUGCGGUGCAGGGAAGAGGCUCACUUCCAGCCCCACUGCCCUCAGACAUGGCUGUGGGUGUCGGGUCCUCUGUGUCUCUACUGUGCGGAGCGUUUGUACCGCUACAUCCGGAGCAGUGAACCGGUUACCAUAGUGACUGUCAUCAAGCACCCGUGUGAUGUCAUUGAGUUACGAAUGCUUAAGAAGAACUUUCAAGCUCGUCCGGGUCAGUAUAUUGUUCUCAAUUGUCCCAAUGUCUCAUCAUUUGAGAACCAUCCUUUCACGCUAACGGCGUGUCCCACGGAGAACAAAGAAACAUUUGGCAUCCAUCUACGAGUCGUGGGAGACUGGACUGAGCGCUUCACGCAGCUGUUACUUCCUGACAUGAGGAGAGACUUGGACAUCCUCCCUGUGGUUCAUCAGAGGAGCUAUCCCAAGCUUUAUGUGGACGGUCCGUUUGGAAGUCCUUCAGAGGAAGUGUUCAACUAUGACGUCAGCCUUUGUGUCGCGGGCGGAAUAGGGGUCACGCCGUUUGCCUGCAUCCUGCGCGCUCUGCUUGACGGCUGGAAGGGGUUCAGGUUGAAGAGGUUAUACUUUGUGUGGGUCUGCAGGGAGCUCCAGUCCUUCUACUGGUUCACCGAGUUGUUGUGUGCCCUACAUCUUAAGUUAUGGCAUGAAAACAGACCUGACUACUUUAACUUGAAACUGUACAUCAGCCAGGCGGACAACCAGCAGUGCAUAUCUGAGGAGAAGUACCGUCUGCUUGCGUCACGGCUGCUGGUGGGUCGACCCAGGUGGAAGUUACUAUUAGAUGACAUCGGAAGGACCAAUAAGCAUAAGCGAGUGGGGGUGUUCUGUUGCGGACCCAAAAGCAUCUCCAGGACUCUUCACAGACUGUGUAACUCGGCUCAGUUCCCUGGAACCACUUUUGAAUUUAACAAGGAGUCCUUCAGCUGAUUGGGCUUCAGCGAGAAAAGCAUAGCUGCAUUGGAUUUAAUCACUCAACAUUGGCUUUAUGUAAUAGAGCCACUCUAAAAGAAAGGUGACUUAAACCUUGGCUAUUUACAGCCUGACUGUAGUAUUACUUUCCCUGGGGAGAUGGUCUCACAGCCUAAACCUGAUGCGUUGCAGAGGUCUCUAGAAAGGGAUCAGCCUCUGAAGUUCACCGGGAAUUGUGAACAACCCAUGUCACUAUGAACCAACGAGAAUGCGCUUCAUUUUGGAAGUUGCUAUUGGAUUUAGCUCUUUGCUUGGAUAAUGGAGGGAUCGACCAAGUGAGGACCACAAGCACAAUUCGAUGAGCGCAUCAUACUGCGGGUGUUCCUCUCACUGUGGAUCAGUGUGGACAUGUCAUAUGAAGAAGAAUUGUUAAAUCAUCCCACGAUGGGAAAUUUGUAUUAUUAUUAUAAUUUUUUUUUUACACUUUAUAUGCAUACCAACACAAUUGUAUUUAUAUGCACAAGUGGGGAAAAUAUUUCAUAUGACCGUGGAAGAAGAAGAAACCAUAAAUUGUAAGAAAAAAAAAACUAUACACAUCUCAAACCAGUUGUUCGAAUUAGUUCUUGUUUUCAUGUAUUUAUUUUGUUUCAGCGUAUUUUAUCCAUGGACGACAUGGUGCUUUGUGGUAAGCAUGUCUUCCUCACAGUUCUGAGGUUCGGGGUGCGAACCUCGACUAGGGCAUUCCCGUUGCAGUUUGAAUGUUCUAUCUGUCCUUGUGUGGAUUUUCACCGGAUUCCUCCCACAUUCCAAUAAUUUGCUUGUUAGGUUAAUUGAAGAUUCUAAAUUGUCCAUAGGUGUGAAUGUGAGUCUGAUUGCUUUUUGUCAAUAUAGGCCCUGCGAUUGACAGGCAACCUGUCCAGGAUGUACCGUGCCUCUCGCCCAAAGUCAGCUGGGAAAGGCUCCAGGUUAACCAAGACCGUAAUGCGGACAAUUGGUAUAGAAAAUGGAUGGAUGUUUUUUUUUUUUCGAUCUUAAAUGCCUAUAGCUCUAGAAAAGAGAUGAGGUCAUUUGUUUGAAGCAAAAAUAUUGAAAAUAUAUACAGUAAAUCUUGGUUCCCUUAUGGGGUAUGAUGAUGCAAAAUGUGUGAAAUUUAAAUUUUUCAAAAAUAGAAGGACCACAUAGAACAUUAGGAUCAGGUAUAAUUUUAAUGCAGCAACUCACAUACAUUUCAUGAGUUUGUGAAAGAUCACCUGCAUUACGAUCCUUUAGCACCAGUGCUUCGGUCAUUGUGUUCACUUGUGUAAAAACAGGGUCGUUACCUUUCAAUUGGUUGAUAAUAACGUCAAUAAUAAUUAUACAUUUAAUAGUAAUUUACACCCAUUUAAUGUCUGAAUAUUGAGAAUGUUAAGAUUCAACAAACAUCUUUUAAGGUGAGCUUUUCCACCCAACCCAAGCAUGUGAUUUAUUAUUAUUAUUAUUAUUGUUUAAUUAUCAUUAUUAUUGUUUUAUUAUUAUUAUUGUUUUCUUUUUCUUCUUCUUCUUCUUCUUCUUAUUAUUAUUAUUAUGUGGACCUUUAUGAAACUUGGUUGCCAGUGUGCAGGUGCAUGUAUACCCGCACAUCCUCACUGUAUCUGAUUCCUGAAAGUUUGAAAUACAAGGGACAUCUUCCUGAA